AGAAUCGUCAUAUUGGCGGGUUCCCAUAGAGAGUUCACCAAAAUAACGAUUUCUCUUAAAAAAUUGUUAUUUUUGACGGGUUCUCAUAGUGGGUUCGCCAAAAUAAUGAUUUCUCUUAGAGAAUUGUUAUUUUUAGCAGGUUCCCAUAGUGAGUCCGCCAAAAUAAUGAAUUCUCUUAGAGAAUCUUUAUUUUUAACCGAUUCCUAUAGCGGAGAAUCAUCAUAUUUGGCGGGUUCCCAUAGAGAGUUCGCCAAAAUAACAAAUUCUUUUAGAGAAUCGUUAUUUUUGACGGGUUCCCAUAGUAGAGAAUCGUCAUAUUUGGCAGGUUCCUAUAGAGAGUUCGCCAAAAUAACGAAUUCUCUUAGAGAAUCAUUAUUUUUAAUGGGUUUCCAUAGUGGGUCUGCAAAAUAA